AUGCUUGAACACAAGUUGUUUGCACCUGUAUGCAGAUGUCGGUUACUGUAUGACUACGGUAAAGAAGUUGUAUUGCCUCACCCUGAAUUUACCAUUGGCGCCGGAGCGCUCAUACAUGAAGGUUCACAUCGUGGCAUACAUUGUGAAGAACAUUGCGGCAUUGGUGGCGGUGGUGGUGGAGGCGGUGGCGGUGGCGCCUAUACAAUUUGGAUUCGUUUAGGACCAUGUGAGUAA